UAGAAGGUUAAGAAAACUCAGAAAAAGAGAACGGCUAAAAUUUGAAGAAAAACCACUAUUCCAUUGAGUUCCACUUCUGAUUUUUGAAAUUUCAACUUGCUAAGGGAAUCCUUGGCUCAGCUGGUGUGUGAAAUGGCUUGAACUUGUUCUUAUUUUAGAGUUUGGGGUUGAGUUCUGGGUCAAGGUCACUGUUUCAUUGGUGUUUGAGUUUGAGUUCACCGUGUAUUUGGUUGAAUUUGGGACCUUGCUUACUACUGUUGAGUUCUACUAUUUUGGUUUUUGCUAUUGCUGGAUCUGUUGCAUUACUGCUACAGCUGUUUGUUGCCCUCACCUUUUUUCCUUUUUGUAAUUUCCAGGUGGUUCCAUUGCAGAUAGCACCGAUCGCAUAUAGUGGUGCUCUCUUUCUUUCCUCAUAGCAGUCUUGGUGAGCCCCUAAUUCUCCCAGGGGUUAUGUAGUUCUUCUUUUGUAUAAAUUUUUAAGUUUUGAGGUAUCGCCGGGGCCUUGUUGCUGGCAUUGUCAUGUUGGUCUUUUGUAUCAUUAGAGGCUCCGUAGACAUUUAUGUAGGUCAUAUAUGGGUGUCAGGGUGGUCAUUGGAUCACAUUGUAUUUUGGAACUCUUCCACUAGAUUGUCAAUUGUAUUUACUUUUGUGAAACUUAACUAUGGCAUAUGGUGUUUAAGUAAAAAUGAACUAGCAACGUUUACAUAUUUAUAUAACUGAUCUCUCCCAUGUUUAACAAAUGGUGAUGUGUUUCCCUCUUGGGUUAUGAAUGAGUCGGGUAGGAGAGGCUGAAUAGGCUUGCUCGACCAGGUUCACUCGGUCGUGCACCGGUCGCGCUCCCCGAGGUUGGGGCGUGACAACUGUAUUACCGGCAAAAAGGGUUCCAAUUCUACGCGUGAACUAGAUGCAAAUAUGUACCUGGUCAAAGAAUUCUACGCGAAUGUUACUCACAUCUAAAAGGGUACUAAGGUGACCAAAGUGCAGAAUCUAAAAAUUUGCUUUGACCCCGUUGCACUGAACAAAUUUAUGGGGUUUGAAGAAGUGGAAGCAGUGCAGUAUUUGGAGAAGCUAGCCAUGGGUGAUGCAGCUUAUCCGUGGUUGGAUUAGAUUCUAACAAUCCCAGGGUCAACACUUCUAUGGCUCGCAGUAGAGGUUCCAAUUUUUCGGGCCACCCUAAACUUUGAAGCAAAUGGGUGGCAAACAUUUGUGUGUAGCCGCAUUUACCCAUGUCUCAAUGAAAACAUGCUCCCACUUCCCCAUGCAAUCUUGGUGGCUUCAAUUAUGGCAGGGUAUCCGAUAAGUGUUGGUACCAUCAUGUCCACCAAUAUCACUUUAGCUGUCUAGAAGGAAGAAAGAUCAUAUCCAUACCUGAACUUCCUCAAUAUAUAUAAUUCAAGGAUCAAAGGGUGGAGUCAAAGCAUUAUGAUACAGAUGUGAAAAUCAAGAAGCCUUUCUCCUGGUACCACCGCUAGGGGGCUGACAACCCGAAGUUCAAAAAUAAAGAUACUACCUCUGCUGGCCAGUCUGAGGAGCCAGCAGUAGUAGUUACUAAUUCAACUGUCGAGCCUUCCACAGCAGCCGAUACUUCCAAUGGGACAUCAGCCAUGUGACCAUCUUCUUCUACCAGCCCACCUGCUUCUGUUAGACUUUUAGUACCAUUGCCAGUGCUAGCUUCCUCUGCUUAUCCUUAGACUGCACUGCGAGUCUCCCAGACAUUGGCGAGUCUCAACAACUAGAUGCAUGCAACUACUACAAAGCUGACUGAUAUAUCCAGUGUUGUUGUAUCACAGUCCUCAGCCCCAGCAGCUCCAUUACAGCCACAAGUACCUCCGUUAGUGAAAGAAGCAUUGAAAAAGAUUCUGCAAAACCAGAAGACCAUUACAGAUACUCUAGUGGCGCAUGGGAAGGUCAUUGCAGAUUUGAGCAAGCAGGUCAGAAAGAUGAAGAAGUCUCUAGCAUCAAAGAGGUCAAUGGAGAAGUUGACAAAAGAGGUCGAGAAGAUUGCAUUUGCCGGAGAUUUGCCAUUAGACCUACUCAUGGAGACAGCACCAUCAGCAACACAGAUAGCACCAAGGGCAUCAGCCGGCCAGUCUGAGGAGCCGGUUUCCACUUCGCACACUAUUGAGGAGAUAAUCUGGAUGUUCAGCAACCCAAUUAACCCUCAGCCUAGUAAUGAUGAGAUAUAACUUGAGCCUAAGGUUGCUGAUGAUCCUAUGGAGACUGAGACCGCAUAAGGAGUUCUCUUAACUCUCUACCUUUUCCCUGUUUUUAUUUUUGUUAAG